AUGCCUCGGAAUGCACCUACUACUGUUGAUGUUGAAUUAAACGCUCCACCAACUCCAUCAUCAUUAACAUCAAGCACCAUAGAUCCCUUCAAUGCGGAAGAGGAUGAGGAAAAUAAGAAGGAGAUCAAAUGCAAAGCUAUAUUCCUUUCAAUUUUUACAAUAUUUUUUAUGUUACUCAUCAUUCCACAAUUGAGUUUGUUUGUUUAUUUCUAUUUGACGAUAAACAGUGAUCCUCGAUUAGCAAACGAUCCGAAUGCUCUCGUAUUUAAGCAUAAAAAUUGUUGUACUAUUGAGGAUUCACGAGUGGAUUGUGUGAAAAGUUUGAACGAAACCUUUUGUAAAUUUAAAAUUACAUUUCCAUUAAUGUUUUUUGAUGAUGAGGCUAAUCCUUCAGACACUCGAGAGUGUAUUAUUUAUCCAAACACAACAUUUAGAACUCUGAUAGACAGCAACUCUUUUAGUGUGAAAUCAGAAAUAUUUUACUUGUAUGCAGGGGCUACAAUGAAUGGAAGCAAAGUCCACAAUGUCACCUGUUUCACCGAUAGAAAUGAAACGUUUGUGAGCGUGUUACCGUUUUCGAGACUGUAUAAUAGUUAUUAUAUGGCUGCCAUUGCUAUGGGAAUAUUAAUGUCAGGAUUUUGUCUUGCAAUAAUCAUUGGAUGGCUCGUAGUUCCUUUCAUCAAUAUGAAACGAGAGGGUCCAAGAAGAAGACGAAGGUCGUAA